UUAUUGAAGUUUUUGUAAUUUUACAUUUUUAUAAUUUUUUAUUUAUGCGUUUUUUAAUUAACACAACAUUACGUCUUGAAAUAAUUUGGAGUGAAGUAGAGUGUGUAGGUGGGAACUAAAAUGGAAACCGAAAACUGGAGAGAAUUUUUGGACAGCAUCGAAAAAAAUUGUGAGACCGCAAUAAAGGAAAACCAUAUCAAAGUAUUAGACUACGCUUUGACCUUGCCGAAAAAGUUGCGUAAUCGUGUAUCUGCGAUUAUCCCAUAUAAAUAUAAGGACUUUGAUAAGUAUGCUUUUUUCAUAGAACCAAUUAAAAAGCAAGUUGACUCUGAUGAUGAAGCAGAGGAAUAUAGCAGCGAUUCUGAUAAACGACAAAAAGCGUCAUUUACUGAAAGCGAGUGUUCUGAAGUUGAAUUCUUAGAAGAAAAUCAUAAAGGUUUCACACUAGUUUUGGAAACGCCACAACAGGUAGAGGAAACUCAAUCGAAGCAGUCAGUAAACUGGCAAACAACAUAUCUAAAUCAGCAACGUAAGGAUCGCAUUAAAUGGAAUACAAAAAUAUAUGAUAUGGAAAUACCGUUAUUAGAGAAGACUUUGGAUGAGCAGGCUGUAGAAUUAAUGGAUGCGGCGGCAGAGCGUUUUUGUGAUUGGUUAAAUUCUAUUGGCACUCCUAACCUAGAAACCGCACUGACGAAGGAAAACUUAAAGACACUUUUCGCCAUUGAAGCAGACAAAACAUUUUUAGCCACGAUACAAACCAAUCCAAAGCACAUAAAAGCGUUGCCAAAAACUGUUGCCACCAAAUUAAAUUUACCAGAGAGCACGCUCGAGUACAAAUACAAUAAAGCAAUUAAGGACCGACUAGAGGAAAUACCAGAGAAAUAUUCUGCUGUUGCGUUUGGAAGAACAAUACCAGUUUCACAACGACCAUGGCUUCCUACUACAAGGCGGGAGCCCAUCACAACUACAUUUCCCGAAGAUAUUGCUUCUUUCUCAAAGUUAUUCAAGGGCAUUAAUCAUCUCAGUACAACCCAAAAAUUGGUCGAUUUCUAUAAGGAGCGUCCUCAUUUGGAGAAACCUGCUUAUUUGGUAAAGAUUGGAGAAUUUGAGCGUCAACAAGGAGUUGUCGAAAGGGAGGGUAUUCCACUCUACACAAAAUUGAAAUUAAAGUACUAAGAAUAUCGCAGUUUUUUUUUGAAAAUAUCUUGGCAUAUAACAAAAUCCGAUGUAUCUUUUACUAAAUAUAAGCAAAGUCUUGUAGGCUAUCGAUGCACAAUCCUUAAUUAAAUCAAAUUAACUUUGUAAAAGUGGAAUAAUUUGUAUCAAAAUUGUACUUAAUAAAAAUUUUUAAUGCAA